AUGAGAGACUCAGCUUAUCCCGAAGUGGAAAAGGCCCUGCUUCUCUGGCUGAAGAAGGCGCGGAGCAUGAACCUGCCGGUUAGCGGACCCCUUCUGACCGAAAAAGCCCUAACUUUCGCAGAUCAGCUGAACUGCCCCGGUUUUGCCUGCAGCAACGGCUGGUUGUCGCGGUUUAAAGCCCGCUACGGCAUCGUGGGGAAGGUUGUUUGUGGUGAGGCUGCUGCAGCAGACAAAGAAGGCGCUGUUGAAUGGCAGGACACCGUUUUGCAGGAAGCCUUGACAGCCUACGAUGCCGCCGACAUUUUUAAUUUUGAUGAGUCGGCACUUUUUUAUUGCCUUCUUCCAAAUAGGACAUUGGCAUUUAAAAAUGAGACGUGCACCGGCGGGAAACACGCCAAAAAUCGCAUAUCGGUCGCUUUUGGCGUAAAUAUGACCGGUAGUGAGAAGCUGCCACUGAUGGUCAUUGGCAAGUAUGGAAACCCGCGGUGCUUCAAAGGCGCUCGGCUGCCAUCCGGUGUUGUUUACAAGCACAACAAAAAAGCCUGGAUGACAGCCCAGCUGUUCGAGGAGUACGUGCGCCAGCUGGACCGCCGUUUUGCUGCCAAGAAAAGGAGCAUUUUGAUAGUGCUUGACAAUGCGUCGGCGCAUGUCGAUGUGGGUAACCUGUCGGCUAUUAAGCUGUUGUUUUUGCCGCCCAACACGACAGCGCUCGCCCAGCCCCUCGAUCAGGGCAUCAUCCGCUCUGUCAAACAGAUUUACCGCAAAAAUCUUUUGCGGCGGAUGUUGAUCGCCAUGGAGAGUGCCAAAACGUACAGUAUAGACCUCCUGGGUGCUAUACACCUGCUUGCACACUCAUGGAUGCAGGUGCAGCCUGCAACGAUACGGAACUGUUUCGCGCGAGCACAAUUCAAGAUGCCAGAAGAAGGCAACGACGAGAACAUGGAGGAUAACGAGGAUGGUGAGGACACCGAAGACUGCGAGAGCCUCCUUGUUGAGGUGCUCGAGCGGCAAGGAGAGGGAGUCGACAAGUUCAACUUCGGCACUUUCCGAGAUGUGGACGGAGACGUCCUUACAUCCCCGGACUUUUCCGACAGCGACAUUGUUGCCGCCAUCGCACCUCGUCCCGAUUCAAGCGAAAGUGAGGAGGAGGGCGAUGUCGAAGUGGACGACGGCCCCUCGUUAUCCGAAGCUGCGCGUGCUGUGACUGUGAUGCGAGCCUUCGCCGAGAAGCGUGGCCUAAUGGACCGGCUGGCUCGCGGCCUCACCGACUUCGAAGAUGCCGUCGUCGAGGCAAGGCCACCACGGCGGCAAGUGAAGAUCACAGAUUUUUUUGCUGCCUGUCCAUAA